CAGGUAGACAUACGACCAAAACUUUGGAAAAAAAUGACAACAGCUGUAGGUCUUUUUUGUGGGUACUGAUUUGUUUUACAUAGCCUAUGCCGUAGAGGGCUUGCUGUACACAUACAUCGUUUUGUAAUAGCUGUCAAAGGCUGACGGCACACAGGUGACCUAAUCCUCCAGUAUUACUAUUCAUGAGUCAACCAAGAAGAACGCGAGCAAAUGUCGGAGUGUGCAGCGUACGCCGUAAUGGGAGAAAGGAAUGAGACAACGAAAAGACGGAAAGGAACGAAAGAGGCAAAAAUGACUUAGUGACUGUGUGGGAAGACAGGGGAGGAGCUUACAAAGUAUAAACUUGAAUGUGUUCUAGCAGUUCACCGUGGUAAACUAUGACAAAACUGGACAUAAGGACAUUACACAUCACAAGUUUACCUAGACGUAGACAAGUAAGUUUUCCAACUGUAGAUAUGUUUGAAAUUGGGACUGCUUGUUAACAUCCACAAAGCCGCCUGCUUGGAUACGAUAGCCAAACCAACUAAGGACAGGCUCCCACAUCAAGAGUUCUGGAUCUGGUGUCGUCGGACUGCAUGCGUGUGUGAAAUAUUUACGCCAAGAAUAAGAAGAUAUUUCGUUUUGUUGUACGGAGAGAAAACGAACAUUCCUUGAAAUAUGAUCACGUUAUUGUUUCUCAUAUUGACUGCCCCUGGUGUGCUGUCUUCCUCGACCCAGCUGGCUGGCAUCUACCCCCAAGACCCGGCUGUGCAGAUCGGCACCAGCCUGACGGCCACCUGCUCGGUCAGCUCGGAGCUGGGCCUGCAUGCCAGCUCACUCUUCUGGACGCUGAACGGCAAGCGUUUGCCCAGCAGCUCCUACACGGUCCUCAGUGCCACGGCCCUUCGCGUCACCAUCCCCCCGCUGCCCGGGUCGCGCCAGCGCUCCGGGGACAACUUGGUGUGCCACAACAGCGGCGGUCACGUCCUCGCCGGCACCUGCCUCUACGUCGGCAUGCCUCCAGUGAAGCCAAUCAACCUCACCUGCUGGUCCAGGAACACCAAGGACCUGACGUGCCAGUGGGCUCCGGGGGGACAAGGCGAGACCUUCAUCAGAACCAAAUACACCCUCAAGUACAAGCUGAGGUGGUAUGGGCAGGAGAAGGAGUGUGAGGACUAUAACACAGGCCAACCGUGCACAUGCUACAUCCCCAGUGAACUCGCCCUGUUCACACCCUAUGAGAUAUGGGUGGAGGCGUCCAAUCAGCUGGGCACGGCCGUCUCCGACGUCAUCUACCUGGACAUCCUAGACGUGGUGACAACCGACCCCCCUGCUAAUGUUCACGUGAGCCGCGUGGGUGACCUGGAGGACCAGUUGAGUGUCCGCUGGGGCACCCCACCCGCCCUCAAGGACUUCCUCUUCCAGGCCAAGUACCAGAUCCGCUACCGGCUGGAGGACAGCGUCGAGUGGAAGGUGGUAGAUGAUGUGGGGAACCAGACUUCCUGCAGGCUGGCAGGCUUGAGGCCGGGCACGGUGUACUUUGUCCAGGUGCGUUGUAACCCUGUGGGCAUCUUGGGCUCCAGGAAGGCUGGCAUCUGGAGCGACUGGAGCCACCCCACAGCAGCUUCCACUCCACUCAGUGAGAGGCUGACGGGCGGCUCGUGCGACUCGAAGUCGGGCCAGCAGAACUCCACGUUAAGGCGGGACCUCAAGCAGUUCUUCGGCUGGGUGCGCAAACACGCCUACGGCUGCAGCAGCAUGUCCAUCAAACUCUAUGACCAGUGGCGGGUCUGGCUGCAGAAAUCUCACAAAACGCGCAACCAGGUAGGUUUUUCAAGACGAUAAAUCCUAGCACCUGAGCUUUCAUACAGCGCCAAGAGGGCCAUUAAUAUUUGUAUGAGAGACCUAACUUUCUCCAGUCUGGACUGUUGUGUGGUUCUUCCCUACUAAGAAAAAGAGCCUGUUGCAGAUGGAAUUUAAAAAAGACUUUUCUGAAUGCAGAAGCUUGCAGGGUGCAGAAGAACUCUGUUUCAGCACAGAACCUGCUUCAUUCCCUCUUUCAGUACCAACAAAACACAAACUUCAAAAAUGGUCUCUCUAUCAUGGUGACAUUAGCAACUGUUAACAUGUGGAGCGUGUGUCAUUUGCUAGGGGGGACCAGGUCAGCAACAGAGGAGAUUUGCACAUUGACGUCUUGGAAUGAUGUACAAGCAAUUUACACGUGUCUGAUGACUCACCGUCUAUAUCUGCUUCAGGGUCAUUCUGAAACAACUCCAGCAGCUAUAUGUUGUCCCAAAGUGUAACUUCUGAAAGAAUGCAUGAAAGCCAUCACACAACAUCAGCAACCACUUAAUGUUUUUUUUUCUGUUAAGGGCAACCAGAUGAUUAUGUUCUCUGCUCACACCAGAAAACGGUUGCGGUAUUAAUGUGUUGUCAGGGGAGGAGAAAGAGGAGUUUACAGUUAUCACAGUAAGGUAUACCUCAUGUAAUACCUCCGUUUUUAAAACACACAUUUUAUGUUGUUUAGAGUCAUCACAGCCAACAACAAGAAGUCAACUGUUAAACUACAUCAGAUUUCAAUGUACUGGAAAUCUGCCACUAUUUAUGGAUGAUUUGUGGAUAUGUACGCUAGGGUCUUUAUGGAAUCACUGCUUUGUAUCGCUUUUGUCCAUGACCACCCAGUCAAACAUCGGAAGAAAAGAAGAAAACUGCAGUUUUCACGCCGUGACAAAUCGGUACUCCAAAGGUAAACACCCUCAAACCAUGGAUUAAGAGGGAAGAAAAGACGCCAAGGAUUCUUUUGAUCGGACUCUUGACUUGAGCAGGGGCGCCUUCGUUGCUUCCUUAGUCUUAUACACCCGACUUUAUUUUGGCAUCCUAAUUCACAGAAGAUGGAUUUAGGGGUGUUAAGGUGUUUGUAGCAAUGAACAGUUUGUGAAUAGUUGUGUUUAUAUUUGAAUACAUUUCACUGCUUUUAUUUUUGUACUGAAUUGUAUCAGCAUAUUUAAAAUUGUUCAAAGUUAUGUUUUUGUUUCCCCUAAAUUAUGUAUAGUUGCUUAUUAUAUUGCUGACUGAAAUUUUAAAACCAUAAUAUUGUUAUACAAAUUAUUCUUUGAGAUCAA